AUAUAUAUCUUGCCUUGUUUUUCUUAGCAGGUCUCUGCCAUGGGUGACCAGGAAGCAAACAACCACUCUGAGGUGACUGACUUCAUUUUUGUAGGCUUCCGGGUCCACCCAGAACUCCAUAUCUUUCUCUUUCUGGCUUUUCUAUUUGUCUAUACCAUGGUCCUCUUGGGGAACAUCGGCAUCCUGGCCAUCAUCCUGAUUGAUCCCCGACUGAACACACCAAUGUAUUUCUUCCUAGGCAACCUCUCCUUCAUUGAUAUCUCCUACUCCUCUGCUGUGGCACCAAAGGCCAUAGCCAAUUUCUUAUCAUCAAGUAAGUCCAUUUCCUUUGUGGGCUGUGUGGUUCAGUUUUUCUUCUUUGUCCUAUUCAUGGUAGCAGAGGGUUUUGUCCUGGCAGCCAUGGCCUAUGACCGCUUUGUGGCCAUCUGUUCCCCACUACAGUAUUCCAUCCGCAUGUCAAGACGCCUUUGUACCCAGCUUGUGGUUGGCUCUUACUUUUGUGGCUGGGUCACCUCUAUUCUCCUAGUCAGUAUCACCUUUACUUUGUCUUUCUGUACUUCUCGAGUUAUUAACCACUUUUACUGUGACUCUUACUCGAUUGAAAAGAUCUCAUGUUCCAACAUUGUCAUCAAUCGAAUGGUGUCAUUAACCCUCUCAGGAAUCAUUAUUUUCCCCACUCUAAUAGUCAUCAUGGUAUCCUAUGUUUACAUUGUGUCCACUAUCCUGAAAAUCCGAUCAGUUGAGGGUCGAAUGAAAGCCUUCUCCACUUGUGGGUCCCACCUUGGGGUGGUGAGUCUGCUGUAUGGGACUGCCUUCUUUGUGUAUCUCAUUCCCCCCAACAACCCUGAGCUGCGUAAAGUGGCUUCUGUUUGUUAUACCUUCAUUACUCCCAUGUUGAACCCACUCAUCUACUCUCUAAGAAACAAGGAUGUCAAAGAAUCUCUGAAAAGAAUUUUAGGAAAGGCAAAAGCUUUGCUCUAA